AUGAAUCGUCCAAAGGUCCAGCGUCGUGUUGGAAAAUACGAGGUUGGGAAAACAAUUGGACAAGGCACUUUUGCGAAAGUGAGGUAUGCUAAGGAUACUGAGACGGGAGAAUCCGUUGCUCUUAAAAUUCUUGAUAAAGAGAAAGUUCUCAAGCACAAGAUGGCUGAACAGAUAAGGAGAGAAAUUUGUACUAUGAAGCUGAUAAACCAUCCAAAUGUAGUGCGGCUGUAUGAGGUCUUGGCUAGCAAGACGAAGAUAUAUAUUGUCCUAGAAUUCGGUGUUGGUGGAGAGCUUUUCGACAAAAUUGUACAUGAUGGGCGUUUGAGAGAAGAGGCAGCACGGAAAUAUUUUCAGCAGCUUAUCAAUGCAGUUGAUUACUGCCACAGCAGGGGAGUGUACCACAGAGAUUUAAAGCCGGAAAACUUGCUUCUAGAUGCUCAAGGAAAUCUGAAAGUCUCAGAUUUUGGAUUGAGUGCCUUGUCUCGACAAGUCAGGGGUGAUGGUCUUCUUCACACUGCAUGUGGAACUCCAAACUAUGCUGCUCCUGAGGUUCUUAAUGAUCAAGGCUAUGACGGGGCAACUGCAGACUUGUGGUCCUGUGGAGUGAUACUCUUUGUACUACUUGCUGGGUACUUGCCUUUCGAGGAUUCUAAUCUCAUGACUCUGUAUAAGAAGAUAACAGCUGGUGAAUAUCAUUGUCCUCCAUGGCUAUCUCCUGGUGCCAGGAACUUGAUAAUCCGAGUCUUGGAUCCAAACCCUAUGACUCGUAUCACAAUCCCAGAGAUUCUGGAAGAUGCGUGGUUCAAGAAAAAUUACAAGCCAGCUGUUUUCGAGGAGAAAGAGGAAGCAAACUUGGAUGAUGUGAAUGCUGUUUUUAAAGAUUCAGAAGAGCAUCAUGUCACAGAAAAGAAAGAGGAGCAACCAACUUCUAUGAAUGCCUUUGAGUUGAUAUCAAUGUCGAGAGCUCUGGAUCUCGGGAAUUUGUUCGAAGAAGAAGAGGGAUUCAAGAGAGAAACAAGAUUUGCCGCUAAAGGCGCUGCUAAUGAUUUAGUCCAGAAGAUUGAAGAAGCUUCUAAGCCUCUUGGUUUUGAUAUUCAAAAGAAAAACUAUAAGAUGAGACUUGAAAACGUUACUGCGGGAAGGAAGGGAAACCUAAGAGUGGCGACUGAGAUAUUUCAAGUAUCACCGUCUCUCCAUAUGAUCGAAGUCCGGAAAACAAAAGGGGAUACAUUAGAGUUCCAUAAGUUCUACAAGAAGCUCUCGACCACACUUAACGAUGUAGUUUGGAAAUCCGGCGAGAGCUCUGAUAAAAACAACAUAUAA